AUGGAAUCGAAUAGAUUCAGAGCUGCAAUCUGGGAUCCACCAAAACUUGUGGCUACUUGUUUGUCGUCGCACCUCAAGACUAUUUGCAUACGGAGAUUCUGGGCACGGAAGGUUCAGAUGGAAGUGGUUAAGUAUUUGUUGGAGAAUGGUCAUCUUCUCGAUAAGAUGAUAAUAAUGUAUGCAGGUUAUUUUCCCAGAGAAGAAGCUGAGGUGCUAUACAGGGAACUAAAGAUUUUCUUGUUGGUUGGCUUCAAUGAAUGGUCAAGUUAA